AUGUUGAUAACUUCAUUAUAUGAUUAUGUUACCGUGGCUGUCGUAUAUAUAUUUGUAUUUCAAUCAUGGACAGAGGAAGGAAAUAAUGAGUACAUGGUAAUUUAUAACCUGAGAGAAACAAAUAUGAUGGAGUUUUUAAGUUCUUUGGAAGCAGGCACGACUAGCUUCAACUACAAUAUUCAGGAAUACGGUCAGAAACAACAUAUUUUGGGAAUUUCCGAGUGUGCCGAAGAUGUUCUGCUGAAUAGUACAGCAGUACAAUUUCUGACCAAGAAUCAAACAAAAAGAAACUAUUCUAGUUACCGUGAUUAUAUACUGGCGAAUAACGAUACAAGCAAAAGGUUUAAAAUUGUGAAUAUGCCAUUUAAAAAAUCAUUAUUUGAAAAAAUUAUGACUUCAACAAGUGAUAACAUUAAUACAUUUUCUUUAGAGGAAAUGCGAUGCAUAUUUCAGAAAGUGUUUUUUUGUUUGGAUCGUAACGAGGGCAUGGCAUAUAACAUAUGCAUGAAUUUGCAAGAUGAUCAACAAGCAUUAACUUCUUUGUUUGAUCCAAAUGAGGAACUAAGAUUUAUCGAGCCAUAUUAUUUAACCCAACUACAAAGAAAUCAAUGUAAUUCUCUCAUAGUUUUUGAAAAAUUUAAGGAAAUUGUAAACCAUACUACCGAAUUAUACCUGACAGAUGGUCCAACUUGUGUAGCUAAAGUUUAUGGCGAAAAGAAGAAGGCAAUAACCGUGGGAAAGUAUAUACCACUGAAGGAAUUCAACUUAGGAUUCUUAUUCGAGUGCCUAGAAGUGACAUCUAGUUAUCUGUUCGAUAAUGCGAGUGAAUUUUACGAAAAAUUUAGACAUGAUUAUCUUAACAAUAAGCUAAUCAUAUUUGUAAAUGAUCGAUGGCCAUUAACCAGUGUUUUGACCACGUUGACGGGUGAUAUGUUUGUAACACCAGCUUUGUCCUGGAUUGAAAGGCUAGAUUUAUGGGAAUCAGGUCGUAUAAAACGUCUCACUUAUCGAGUGAAACCUUACAAGUCAUAUUUGAGUAGUUGCACAGAAUCCGGUGUAGUUUCAACCAAUAAUAUCUUUUAUGCUAGCUUUUCAAUAGACUUUGUGAAGUCAGUGGCUCAGCCAAUAAAAAACACAGUAGUGUACCUGAGGAAUGUCUUGGACAUAGGUGUUUACAAGGUUAUGGAUGGUGUCGAUUCGCUGAGAUGUAAAGAAGUAGAAUUACAGAGCGAUUUUGUAUUCGAAAACGAUUUUAAGUCUGUCCACCUCUAUCUUUGUACGGUAAAAAAAGAAUCCGCUAUUAUAUUUCAAAAUAAGUGCCAAGAGUUGAAAUUAUGUCAGACAAUUGGACAGUUUUACUUGUCAGGAAUGGCCGGAUUUAACAGCAUUUAUUUGAAGAGCGACAAAUCGAAAUUGUUUUUUCGUAUAAAUUAUCCUAGAAGUCCUAACAGAUGCAAAUUAACCGAAGCACUAGUUAAAGGAACGGUUAAUGUUGAUCAAAGUAUUCAGGCAAUAACCUUCUACUAUGUUGAAGUUACCGAUAAUAUCAGUAUAAUUGUUGAAGAUAAGCGUAAAACCGUCGAUAUCAGCCAAACAAAGGGCAAUCUGAAAUUUUCAGGAUUUUUGAAUGUCAAAUUACAUUUCAAUUGGCAGACUAGUCUAAAAAUUAGACCAUACGGAAAUUCGUUCAGCAAAUUCUCGCUGAAAAAGUGCCAUAUCACCGAACAAAUCAAGCUAAUGGAUGAAUUUCGUUGGAUUAAGCUGUUGAUGGUAAAAGUUGACGAUCAUUCAGGCCUUAUCAUAAACAACAACUGCAGAAAAUUGACAAUAUCAGCAUGUGAAGGUAUUUUCGAUCUUUCAGGCCCGAAAUGCUUUGAUGAAAUCGAGAUUGAUUUUUCAAUAGCAUCAACAAGCAAAUUUACACUCAAAGGCCCAAUUAGAACAAAUAUUCUAGUUUUAUACGACAUACCGAAUAAUGCUGCUGAUAUCUCUGAUUUCUUUAACGAAUUUGAGACGAUAAAUCGCCUGGUGAUUGGUAGUUACAGAUUAGAUAACUCACAAUUGUUCAAUUUGGAGUAUCAUUUAACAAAUCGAUACAAAAUUUACGGAUCGCAGGAAAAUAUUGGUUGUGAAUCAACAAAUAAUUCUUUUGAACAACCCAUUAAAUCGACGAUAAAAACAGUCAGAGAAUCAAACCAGGCAGUAGAUGAGCUUUUGACCGCUAUCUUCGGCUCAUAUGCCAUAUCAAAAAUUAAGGAGUUGCAUUACCACGGAGUUCUUAUGAGCAACUGUAAUUGCAAAUAUCUGAAAAAUCUACACAACCUGCAGACACUUCAAGCCAGCUUAGAAACUGCAGGGAAAGAAUCGUUUAUUUAUCUGCCAGAAAGUCUUAAGCUGCUAAAUAUGAGCAAUUCGUCCGUAGCGAGUGAUGAUCAAGAUCAAAUUAUCGCCAGUUGUGUUUUGAAAAACUUUCCAAACCUGAAAGCAUUGGUAAUUGAUGGAGCAUUUUUCAGUGAUCCAUUUCACCUAUGUUUCUUGCCCCAUUCCAUCGAUGUAUUGGUAGUAUCGUACAGUGAAUUCAGGAAUGAGAGAAUUAGAACAGACGUACCGAAAAUUAAGCUGUCUAAGUUAUAUGUUUCGGCCUUACGGGAUAUGAUUGACAGUGGAACACAGAAUCCAAAUGAGCAGCUCCGUAAUUUCUUACAAAAAAUGUUUAAUUAUAUCGACCGCGAUUAUCUCCAAUCCCUAGUGUUCUUAAUGCACCAACGCCAAUAUCAACUUAAUUCUUCAACUCUUUGCGUUACACGUGUAUAUCACCAAGAAUUCGACGUUAAUAUGUGAACUGGCUAG